UGAAACACCACAUUGUACAACUCUUGCUGUUCCAAAACUAACUUUCCACAAAACUCCUUGAGGUAUAUCAAAAUCCCAACUUGCACCCCCUAAUUAAACCCCAAUUUCAACCAUCAAUUUCCCCAGUACCCGACCCGUCACAAUGCUGGGCGGCUUAUACGGCGAUCUCCCGCCGCCAUCCUCCUCCGGAGACGAUGACAACAACAAAUCCACCACCGCCGCCGCCGCCGCCGCCAAUGUAUGGUCCAGCAGCGGCAAAAUGGCCCCAACAGCCCUUCGCAAACCCUUAACCCUUCUCCGACCUAUGCCCAAACCUAAACCCAAACCUAAUUUCGAGAACACUAACCCUAACCCGACAUUCACAACGACGUCGUUCCAACCAGCCCUAGUAGCUGUUACCAGCAACGUAUUAGAAGAAUACGACCCGGCCCGGCCCAAUGAUUACGAGGAUUAUAGGAGGGAGAAGAAGAGGAAGCAAAUGGAAGCUGAGGUGAGGAGAGAAUUAGAAGAGAAAGAAAGGAGAGAGAGAGAGAGGGAAAGAGAGGAGAAAGAGAAGAGAGAGAAAGAGAGAGAAUUGAAUAUUUCAGGUGAAGAAGCGUGGCGGCGAAGGGCAGCAAUGAGUGGUGGCGGUGGAGGAGCACCGCCACCACGGUCGCCAUCGCCGCCACCGGGGAAUGAGUUUAGUAUUGGGAGAUCAGAGAGUGGGGGAUUGGGUUUGGGGGCUGAAGGGAAAAUGACAGCUGCACAGAGAAUGAUGGCUAAGAUGGGGUGGAAAGAAGGGCAAGGAUUAGGGAAGUUGGAACAAGGGAUUACGACGCCAUUGAUGGCGAAAAAGACUGAUAAGAGAGGUGGGGUUAUAGUGGCUAGUGAAGCUAAGCAGCAGCAACAGCAACAACAACAGCAGCAGCAGCAGCAGGAAAAGAAGGUUAAGAGUGUGAGUUUUAAUAUGGCUCCAACAAGAGUUGUGCUGCUUAGGAAUAUGGUUGGUCCUGGCGAGGUUGAUGAUGAUCUAGAAGGUGAAGUUGCUGAAGAGUGCACUAAAUUUGGUACCGUAACUCGUGUCUUAAUAUUUGAGAUAACAGAAGCGAAUUUCCCUCAUGAAGAAGCUGUUCGGAUAUUCGUUCAAUUUGAGAGAGCAGAACAAGCAACUAAAGCCCUUAUAGAACUUGAAGGUCGAUUUUUUGGCGGUAGGAUUGUUCAUGCCUGUUUCUAUGAUGAGGAGAGGUUCGGGAAUAAUGAAUUAGCUCCCAUGCCAGGAGAAAUUCCUGGCUUUUGAAAGCAGUUCUUGUUACAAAUGUAAGUUUUCUUUAGUUUGUCACGGGGACUAAUUUUGCAAGCUUAUUUAGUUACUGGCUUUCAGUAAAAGACCUUAUGUAAUAGGUCUCAUUGUAUCUAUUGUCUCAAGUUUACACAAAGCUAUGUAUCAAAAACUUUUGACAUUACUCAAAGGAACUUGGUUUUGGAUCCUUAGUUUUCAUUGUAAUGCAGGAUAUUAGGGCAUUAUUGUUUUA